AUGGCCACCGAACGCCCAGCAGAAGUCACGAGCGUCACCGAAUACUCCGAGCUGGGCCAGACGAACAAGCCCUACGUGCCAGCCAAAGGCCUCAACACAGACUAUCCCCUCAUCGACUCCGACCCUCACUUCAAGCGCGUCAUCUCCUAUGCCCGCCCCUCCGACUACCUAGCGGGCGGCGCCUGCCUCGCCGCCGGCCCCUCCUUCAUGCUCUGGUUAGAGAAGGUCUCACCCUCCGAAGUCUCCCGCCCUGGCUUCAGCAGCAUCAUGCGUCUCUCCGGCGGCGUGGGCCUGGCUGCCGGCUUCCUGCUCAUGUACCAGCGCAGCACCAUGCGCUUCUACGGCGUCUCUGAGAACCGAAGGGAGAUUGAUAUGGAUAUGCGCGAGAUGACGGAUAAGGUGAAGAGGGGAGAGCCGCUGUAUGGUGUGAGCACAAUGACGGAGUAUAUGCAGGGGGUGGCGAGUCGGCAGAGCAGGUAUAGUGGGUUCUGGCUGCAUGUGGUGCCGUGGUUCAAUUUUGUGAAUCACAGCCAGCACGGCGUGGACACGGCAAAGUACUACCGGAAUGCGGAGAGGGAGCUGGAGGCGGAGAAGACCGGUGCGUAG